AUGUUUUGUGUUAAAGCUGCUCGUAUACCUCGAAAAGGCUGCCAGGCUGGUCAUUUUGGUCCUACAUGUGAAUUUUGUGACAUUAAAUGUUUGAACAGACAGUGUGAUGUCUUCAAUGGAUCAUGUAUAUAUGGCUGUAGCAAUUCACUGUUGGUACCUCCAAAUUGUAAUGUUUGCAAAAAAGGGUUCUACGGUCGAGACUGUGGGACACCCUGUGGAAACUGUAAAACAGGGACAUACUGUAACAUCAUUACUGGGAUUUGUCAGGAUGGUUGUCGAGACCAUUGGGCUGGAGAGAAAUGUGACGUUUGCAAAAAUGGGUUCUACGGUAGAGACUGUGCUACACCCUGUGAAAAUUGUAAAACUGGGAAACACUGUAACAACAUUACAGGGAUUUGUCAGGAUGGUUGUCGAGAUCAUUGGGCUGGAGAAAAAUGUGACGUUUGCAACCAUGGAUUUUAUGGUACAGAUUGUAGAGAGGAGUGUGGACACUGUAAAACAGAAACAUAUUGUAACAACAUAACAGGAAUCUGUCCACAUGGAUGUCUGAGUCAUUGGGCUGGAAAUAAAUGUGAUGGAUGUUUAAAAGGUUUUUACGGGGAAAACUGCUCCUUGAUCUGCGGACAUUGCAAGAAUGAAACAUCUUGUAACAACAUCACAGGGGCAUGCAAAAGCGGAUGCCAAAAAAACUGGAAUGGCACAAAUUGUGAAAAAUAUAUAGAGUAUCUUAUCAAUCCAAAAGAACUCUCCAGUAAUGCAGCAGUAAUCGGAGGAACACUUUCAGCAAUCGUUUUUCUAUCUAUAGCCGGAGUAUCUCUUUUAUUUUUCUACAGGCGGUACCGUAAUACUAGCAGCAAACGAAGUGACACGGCUACCAUUAGGACGUCUGACUUACAAAGUGAUAGCAAACAGAGAGGGGAAAAUAACUUCAGCGAUUUUAGGGACAAAGUGGAAUUUUAUGUAGAAGACCAAUCAAAGGGAACAAAUGACGAGUUUGACCAUUUACCUUCAUCCUCUAAUGGUGAUAAUGGAUAUUACAACACGGUCCAGGUUAAUACAAAUAUGGAUAUUGAGGAUUUACAAGAUGUAAUAGUGGAAAAGAGUAAAUUUGAGAACAGACAGUUUCUGUCAGAAUAUAAGAGGUUUCCACCAGCAAAUGUCAAUGUUUGUAAAUCAGCAAAGAAAAUGGAAAACGUUGCCAAAAACCGUUUUAAAACAACAUUUCCAUAUGAGCAUUCUAGAGUCAUACUCAAAGAUAAAUGGCAGAAUUUGGACAAUGACUAUAUCAAUGCAAACUAUAUAAAGGAUUUUAAUGGAGACGUUGCAUACAUAGGGGCACAAGGCCCAAAAAGCAACACAUUGGCAGAUUUUUGGAGAAUGAUUUGGCAAGAAGAAAUAAAAGAUAUAGUAAUGCUGACCAACAUUAUAGAAAAUGGAAAGAACAAGUGCACACAAUAUUGGCCAAAUAAAGACAAAACCAUGAAUAUAGGUCCAUGUGAAAUAUCUCUUUCGGAGGAAAAUACAUAUGCAUUUUACAUUCUUCGAAAAUUUUUAGUACAGCGAAAAAAAACAAAUGGUAGGAGAGAAAUAACCCACUUUCAUUACACUGCAUGGCCAGACCAUGGAACUCCAGAAGAAAUUGGACUUGUUCAGUUCCAUAAGGCUGUUACCAAGCGAAAACAUUCUGAUGCCCCAUUAUUGGUCCAUUGCAGUGCCGGUGUUGGUAGAACGGGUACCUUUAUAGGACUUGACUCUUUGCUGAAACAGGGAAGAAAAACGGGGUGGAUCAACGUUUUUGAGUUUGUCAAGCAAAUGAGAGAUGAUCGAAUGACCAUGGUUCAAACACCAGAGCAGUAUAUAUUUUUACAUAGAGCUCUUCAAUGUGGCUUCCAGGACAAGGGCAAUGUAAUCCAAGAAGGGGAUUUGCAAUCAAAGACGGAAGAAUUACUAAAUGACCAUUCACCGUUGAAUCAAAGAAUUUUAUACAAAGAAUUUAAGUUCCUGACAUCCCUGAAACCAGUUUACAACGACGAAGAUAAAAAAGAUGCUAAAAAGGCCGAAAACAAAUCAAAAAAUUUCAGUGGGGAUAUUCUGCCAAUUUCGAAGUUUAGACCAUAUUUGACAUCAUAUGUGAAAGGACGAAAUGACUUUAUAAAUGCAGUUAUUGUAUCGACUUUCACAAACCCAACUGGAUUUAUAUUGACCCAGAAGCCUCUACCUGAAACUAAUGUUGAUCUGUGUAGAUUAUGUAUGGACCACGAAGUGGCUGCAUUAGUGGUCUUGACUGACAACGACGAGGAAACUACCUGGCUUCCAAAGCGCGGUUUGUCUCAGUCGUGUCCUCCUUACAUCCUCACCACCGGAAAUAGUGGGAGCACCAUUAAUGGCGUCUCACAAGAUACCCUGGUUAUUUCAAGCACUGAACACAAAAGAGAUAUUGAUGUCUUCCUAAUACCCCACGAAAACGAUGAUUCUUUGGUAAAAGGAACAGAGUUGCUUCUGGAAAAAGAGAAAACUUCAAAAUGUCCUGCUGUGAUUAUUAGCAAGGAUGGUGCUGGACCAGCGGGGAUAUUCUGUGUUUUAUAUAACGCCCUUCAGCAGCUUCGUAUGGACGGUGAAGUAGACGUAUUCACCACUGUCCGACAAAUACAGUCUAGGAGGCCAGAAGUCUUAACUAAACUUGAAGAGUACAAACGAUGCUAUCAACUGGUUUCCCUCUUUGUUUCUACGGAGGGAAUAUACGCCAAUGUGUAA